CAAUAAAUAUUGAAUAUCUUUUACUUUCACAAUCUCUUUGAACCCUUUUCUCUCAUAUGUCUAUAUUUUCCUCAUACUUAAUUGAUUCUUAAUACAACACCACCAUCAUCUCCACGCAAAUCGUUAAUAAAGUCUCAAAAUAAUCUUAUUCUUAUACCUUGAUUAUUCGUCGUUCUUAAUGAAACGAGGGUACCGUGAAUCUCCUUCUACCUCUUUAGGUCCACCUCAAUCUAAACCCAGACAUAAUUCUCAAGGUGAUGCGAAUUUUCUGGAGGAUGAAACUACUAAGAAUUUUGCUCGGAAAGUAGCUGACCAUUACAGUGCAAGAUCCAACCAGACCCUGGAAGAAAGAGAGGCUAGUCCAAUAAUUCAUUUGAAGAAACUUAAUAAUUGGAUUAAGAGCGUCUUAAUUCAGCUUUAUGCUCGCCGUGGAGAUGCAGUACUCGACCUAGCCUGUGGCAAGGGUGGUGAUCUUAUCAAAUGGGACAAGGCAAAAAUUGGAUAUUAUGUUGGUAUUGACAUUGCUGAAGGUUCAAUCAAAGACUGCCGUACCCGUUACAAUGGUGACGCCGACCAUCAUCAGCGACGUAAAAAGUUUUCAUUUCCUGCUCGUCUAAUAUGUGGAGACUGUUAUGAGGUACGCUUGGACAAAGUUCUUGCAGAUGAUGCUCCUUUUGAUAUGUGUAGUUGCCAGUUUGCAUUGCACUACUCUUGGUCUACAGAGGCCCGUGCUCGGCGAGCAUUGGCUAAUGUGUCAGCUCUACUCCGUCCAGGAGGCAUUUUCAUUGGAACAAUGCCAGAUGCCAAUGUGAUUAUCAAGAAGCUUAGAGAAGCUGAAGGGUUGACUUUUGGUAAUAGCGUCUACUGGGUUCGAUUUGACGAAGAAUUUUCUGAUAAGAAAUUUAAGUCUUCCAACCCCUUUGGAGUAAAGUACACGUUCCAUUUGGAGGACGCCGUUGAUUGUCCUGAAUGGAUUGUUCCCUUUCAUGUAUUCAAGUCAUUAGCUGAAGAGUAUGAUUUUGAGCUGGUUUUCGCUAAGAACUCGCAUGAAUUUGUCCAUGAGUAUAUGAAACGACCGGAAUUUGUUGAUCUCAUGCGAAGACUUGGUGCAUUGGGAGACGGAAACCAAGAUCAAGGUACACUAUCAUCCGAUGAAUGGGAAGCAGCAUAUUUAUACAUGUCAUUUGUAUUGAGAAAGCGAGGUCAACCCGACAAAAACCAAGCGACCGGCAGAAAAGACCGAGGGUUGAUGCAUAUUUCAGAGGAAGACAUAAUGUAUAUCGGCAAUGAAUAUUGACUAACACGAACAAAUAAACCACGAGUUUUCAAGAAAAGCUAUCAAACAGCAUAAGGGCAUAUGAAGCAAUCUGCAGCAUUGCCAAGUUGCCUUGAGACACUAUAAUUUUAUCUCACAAUCUUGAGCUCUAGCAACUUUUUUGCAAUGAGAUACAUGUGGAAUUUUGUAGGCUCGCUAUAAAUUUUUCAAGUAAAUUUUCUGCCCCAGAAUUUUUUGUGGUAAACAAGACUUGGCAGUGUAAUUUACAAACUAAUAAUACUAAAGGCAUGUCUGAUUUGAGAAGACUA